UUGACCUUUGAAUAUUAUUUCCACAAAACCAUACAUACUGUGAAACAUUAAAAUUCAUCUUCUUCUAUAUAAUAAAGUUUUGCUUUCGUAUUUUGUAUCCUCCUCCGUAUGUUCAUAAUCGUAUAAGAAAGAAGUUAAAUAAGUAAACCCAAGAACAAAAAACAAUAAAAAAAAAAAAAAGCUUCCUUUUUUUUGUGUGUGUGUGUGUGUUUUUUUUUUGAGUUUUCGUCAAUCGAUUGGUUUAAAAGUCCUGUCAUAUGAAUUAGUUCUCUCGAUUCUCCGCGGCCAUGCAAAUUUAAGGUUUUUAUUUUGGGACGUGAUUAUGGGCGCCAAUAUCUCAGGUGGGUUCCCGGAGUUUGAUCGGAACGAUGACGUUUACUCAAGAAAACCCAGAUUGGUGGAUGUACCGGAGAACUGUGUUGCGUUGAUUAUGACGCGGCUUGAUCCACCGGAGAUUUGCAGGCUUGCUCGUCUCAGCAAGGUGUUCCGUCGCGCUUCUUCAGCUGAUUUCAUAUGGGAACUAAAGCUGCCUUCGAAUUAUCGUGUUAUUGCACAGAAGGUGUUUGAUGAAAUUACUCUGAGGAAGUUACUAAAGAAAGAUCUUUAUGCCAAGCUUAGCCGGCCUAAUCUCUUCGACGGUGGCACAAAGGAAUUGUGGAUAGAUAAGAACACGGGUCGUCUUUGUUUAUCUAUUUCUUCAAAGUCACUAAGGAUUACUGGAAUUGAUGAUCGCAGAUACUGGAGUCAUCUCCCAACAGAUGAAUCCAGGUUCCAGUCAGUUGCAUAUGUUCAACAGAUAUGGUGGUUUGAAGUAGGAGGAGAGUUUGAGAUCCAGUUUCCGUCUGGAACAUACAGUCUCUUCUUCCGUAUCCAGCUCGGUAAAACAUCAAAGAGGCUUGGAAGGAGAAUCUGCAACUCAGAACACAUUCAUGGAUGGGACAUUAAACCUGUUAGGUUUCAGCUCGCCACUUCAGACAACCAACAAGCUGUUUCACAGUGCUAUCUGAACAACAACCCUGGGAACUGGAGUCACUAUCACGUCGGAGAUUUUAAAGUGACAAACCCAGAUAUAUCAACAGGGAUCAAAUUCUCCAUGACUCAAAUCGAUUGUACUCACACGAAAGGUGGUCUAUGCAUAGACUCUGUUUUCAUACUACCUAAAGAAUAUGUAAAAGAAGUCAUUGGAUCAGAAUAGUUUUGUAGAUAUAGAGUGAGAUUGUUGUAAAGGGUGAGAGAAUCUUUUUUCAGUGAAACGUUCACUAUACUGGCUUUUCCGUGAUCUGGGAGUGUAUUCUCAGUCUCAGAUCUGGAACUUGUGUACACAUGGUUGGGUUGUCUUUAGUUUUGUCUGUAGUUACAAGGUCGUCGUGAUUGUAAAUACUUUUUCCCCCCAUUUAGAGAUCAUAACACUUCUUUUA